GUUGAACAACCUGUUUUGGUCGAAGAACCUUUGGACCUCAUUAGAUUGAGUUUGGACGAACGAAUUUAUGUCAAAAUGAAACACAACAGGGAACUUCGGGGAACACUACACGCGUUUGAUUCACAUCUGAAUAUGAUCUUGGGGAAUGCAGAAGAAACUGUCACUACUUUGGAGAUAGACGAGGAGACUUUUGAAGAGGUUUACAAGGUAUGUUCCGUCUUUUCGCCCUUCAUACUCUUCUAG